AUGAAUCAUGAUAAAAUAACAGCAUAUAUAUAUACAUGCAUAUAUAAGAUUAACGACCGAGUCAAGAUAGUUUUCCAUCCGGAGUUUCUGUCGUCUACAAAUCCAUUAUUCGGCCUUGAUUACGAAGAAUUCGUACGAGGCUGUCACUUAGGAGUGUUCCCUUCAUACUACGAACCAUGGGGGUACACGCCCGCGGAAUGUACCGUUAUGGGUAUUCCUAGUAUAACUACGAACUUAUCCGGUUUCGGAUGCUUCAUGGAAGAGCACAUAGCCGACCCGAUGAGUUACGGUAUCUACAUCGUAGAUAGACGGUUUAUCGGUUUGGAGAACACUAUCCAACAGCUUGCGAACUACAUGUUCGAUUUCGCGCGGCUAAGUCGGCGACAGCGCAUCAUUCAAAGAAAUCGUACGGAACGUCUGAGCGAUCUGCUCGACUGGAGAAAUCUUGGCAUCUAUUACCGUCAAGCUAGAAUGAAAGCGCUGACGGCGGUCUAUCCAGAACUGAAGGAAGAAUACUCCGAAGGGGGAGUGGGACGUUUCAGUUAUCCUAGGCCUAUCAGCGAACCGCCGUCACCGUCUUCCUCGAGACACACUACUCCUGCUGCUUCGAUUCACGGCUCCGACGACGAAGACGACGAAGAUGUUGACGAGGAAAAGGAGCUCGAAGAAUUGCGCCAAACGCACGCCAGAUAAAUUACAAUUAAUAAGGGAUACUGCGCACGCUACAGUAGAGAACACUGGAAUAUAUUAAAUGAUUACGGGGAGAUUUUUUCCGACAGUAGUGCCAAACAGUUUGAUUACGGUCUUCCAUAAAGAGAAUUAUUUUAAAUAAGUCGUUCAUCCCAUAUUUUUAAUCUCACUGUUAAUACUCGUAUACGUUUGUUGCAUCGCAGGAAAGAGAAUGAAUCAUGAUAAAAUAACAGCAUAUAUAUAUACAUGCAUAUAUAAGAGUAUUUACAUAUACACGCAAUCAUUUUAAGAACAAGUCUUCCUCAAAUCAAUCAAUCGAUCAAUCACACGUUGCAUAUUUUACUGAUCUUCAAACCAGAUUGUUAUAUAUAUUUUAAAAAAAGGCUCUAUAUUUGAUGUUAUAAACGUGCGUAUAAUUAUUACGACUGUUCCUAUUUUAUAGAGACGAUUAUUAUAGAUAUAUUUUUAUUCUAGCACGGGUGUGUAUAUUGAACUUUUAAUCAUGGAAACCAACAGACGGUUGUGUUGCGUUGUUGUUGUUUUUUUUUGCUGAAAUAAAACUUGAAUAAUUUAUAUAUUCUUUAA